AUGGCGGGCGCGCCGAUGAAAUUAGGAUCUUUAAUCUCUUUUUGUAUUGUCCUAUAUGCUAUUUAUUUUCGUAAAAUUGAGAUAAAUGAUGAAAGAUUAGUGCCUGUUAAGGAACAUUUGUUGUUUUUGGAAAGUAAGAACAAAGUCGGUGUAGGAGUUUCGCAGCCUAAAGUAGCGUUAGGUUAUGGAGCAUGCCACGACUUAUUUGUAAACGCAACAUUACUCCUAGAUUAUCGUGAUCUGAAAGGCAGCCCGGAGCACUUCAAUGAGAUCUCUAAUAAAGAAGAGUUUGUUAAAAGUUUUGCAUACUUUUUUAAACAUGGUGCAGCUGCUGAGAGAUUUAUGUCUAACAGUAAACUAUAUGAUGAUCUUGUGGAACAAGCACUCAAACUACCAGAUACAAGAUGGGCUAUUGGUGGAAAUGCACCUCUGAUGGCUAAAAGGUUCUAUCUAGAAGGAUGGAAAGUGAUGUUUGGGGCUAAAAUGAGUAAAAAACUGAAAAGUUACAUUCCUGAGGAAAUAUUAGUAGUAGGUGACAAUGAAAAUGAAGAAGUGAGAGAUGAUAUUCAUAUGAUACUAGAGUAUAAAGCAGAUGAAAGGUUUGGUGAAUACAAAGCGCCAAGAGCGAAUAGAUAUAUUAUGCAUAAUGACGAGAAUAAUCCCUUAUUGAGUUCCUUAGAGAAACUGGGUGAAUAUUUGCCAAGUUUUAAACCUAAUUUACUAGUCAUAAGUGGUUUACAAAUGAUGGACAACUUUCCAUUUCAACGGGAUGGUAAAGAUUUAAGAGCAGAGAGGCUUGAUUUGGUCAAACAACAAAUUUUAUCUCAGCCUUUAAGCACAUUAGCCCACUUUGAGAUGGCAAGUUAUGUAGAUCUGGAGCUGUUGAAACACCUGACAACCAAGGUACUGCCAUGUGUUGACUCAGUGGGUAUGAAUGAACAAGAACUCUCCAAUCUCAACAGUGUUUUAGAGCAUGGAAGAGUAAUGGUUGUAGCAGACUCCAACCCAAGGAUAGCUACAGCGCUUGAUCAAAUGCGGAAUACGUUUAGACUUAUAAGGCAAAAGAACAAAGAGUUUGGUAGUAAAAGAAAACUUACCCGUAUGCAUGUGCACACUUUAGCAUACCAAGCAAUUUUAACAGUACAAAAUUCAAAAUGGAAAAGAACCCCUGCAGCGGCAGCGAAAGCAUCAUUAACAGCACACAGAUAUGUUUGCAAUACACAGAAAAUCAAUCUUGAGAAGACAAAAUUACUGCUUGAUGAUAGUUUCUCAACAACCACAGACAAUGAUAAUAACAGCCGAGUGUUCUUUGAAGCAAAUAACCCAGUGGCUUGUUGGGAGGAAACAAUAGAAAGCGUUAAAGUUGAGAUAUGUGUUGCACCAGUCUUAAUUUGUACAGAAGCUCAAUUGACAGCUGGAGCUGGGGAUAAUAUAUCAGCUGCAGGGCUAGUUUUGCAGGUGGAAAUAUGA